AGUCACGCAAAUGGACUCACCGCGGGAGCACUGUUGCUAUCCUGCUAACUCCCUUACAAUCUCACCCUUCUUUCAUUUUUAUUUGUAAUUCCGCUUACUGGACCGCUCUCUCUUCUUUUAUAAUCACACAGCCUUAAUUAAUUCAAAUCUCCCAAUACAUGAUCUCUCCACACCAUUGACCUUCUCCUUCGUCCCCUCUUUUACCCGUUCUUUCCUCUCAGCAGAUUUCCUCCCCUUCUCCCGACCACUAAAAACCCAAUCUUGAUCCAAGCCCCACUCAUAUCCAAUGCCCUUCUUCUUCCUCUAGCUCCGGCCAUGUCUUCAGAGCGGCACCUACUUGAUCUAUCCCCUCGCCCCCCAAAUCCUGCCCCCGAUAUACUCAAACCCAUCCCUUCCUCCCGUAGCUCCAGACGUUCCCGGGGCUCCCGCGGUUCCCUCGACCGCAUCAACUUCGCUCCUCCACCAUCUGUCAUUCGUUACGGCUCCCGUGCUGAAUCUGAUCGCUUAAACGCCUCGCAGAAAGAUAUCCCUGACGAGGACGCUCGCCUCGUUAGUAUCAACGACCCAACAAGCACCAACGAGCGCUUCGAGUUCUCCGGCAACUCCAUCCGCACCGCCAAGUACUCCAUCCUCACCUUCCUCCCGCGCAACCUCUUCGAGCAGUUCCACCGGGUUGCUUACAUCUACUUCCUCGUCAUCGCCAUCCUCAACCAGCUCCCUCAGCUUGCUGUCUUCGGUCGCGGGGCUUCCAUCCUCCCCCUCGCUUUCGUUCUCUUCGUCACCGCCGUGAAAGACGCCUAUGAAGACUAUCGCCGCCACCGUUCUGACCGCAUCGAAAACAACCGCACGGCCCUAGUCUUCUCCGCCGGCGACUUCCGCCCUAAAAGAUGGAAAGAUAUCCGCGUCGGGGAGAUCAUUAAGGUCCAAUCGAACAACACCCUCCCCUGCGACAUUGUCCUCCUAUCCACCAGCGAUCCCACCGGCGUCGCCUAUGUCCAGACGAUAAAUCUCGACGGGGAGUCUAACCUCAAGACUCGUUAUGCGAAGCAAGAGACACUUCUUCGAGCUCCGGAGAAACAAGGGCUCUCUGGAUUGAUCCGUUGCGAAAACCCUAAUCGGAACAUCUAUGGCUUCUAUGCCAAUAUGGAUAUUGAUGGCAAGCGAGUUUCUCUUGGGCCCUCGAAUAUAGUCCUUCGGGGUUGUGAGCUGAAGAACACAUCUUGGGCUGUUGGGGUUGUUGUUUAUGCUGGUAGAGAGACGAAAGUGAUGCUUAACAGCUCGGGAUCUCCAUCCAAGCGGAGCCGGCUAGAGACUCAUAUGAACAGGGAGACCUUGCUCCUAUCUGGAGUUCUGAUUGUGCUAUGUAUUUUGGUGGCUGUUUUUACUGGUGUAUGGUUGGCAAUUCAUAAGAGUGAAUUGGAGUUUGCUCAGUUUUUCAGGAAGAAGAAUUACUCCAACUCCGCGGGACGCAAUUAUAAUUACUAUGGUAUAGGGAUGGAGGUGUUCAUUAGGUUCCUCAUGGCGGUGAUCGUGUUUCAGAUCAUGAUCCCUAUUUCUCUGUAUAUUUCAAUGGAGCUUGUACGUCUCGGACAAGCCUACUUUAUGAUUCAGGAUUCUAAUUUAUACGAUAAGACAUCACAAUCGCGAUUCCAGUGUCGGGCUUUGAACAUAAAUGAGGAUUUGGGGCAGAUAAAGUAUGUGUUUUCAGACAAAACAGGAACUUUGACAGAGAAUAAAAUGGAGUUCCAGUGUGCCAGUAUCAGUGGAACUGAUUACAGCAAUGGGAAUUCUUCGUCUCCUGGUGAUUCGGGAGUCUAUUCUGUAAUAGUUGGGGAUCAGUAUUGGAGGCCAAAGAUGACGGUAAAAACUGAUCCUGAGCUCUUGAGGUUGUUGAGAAACGAAAGGAAUACAGAGCAAGGAAGAAAUGCCAUUAAUUUCUUCCUUGCUCUGUCUGCCUGCAAUACUAUAGUGCCCUUGGUUGUGGAUACACCAGAUCCCGCGCAGAAGUUGAUAGAUUAUCAAGGGGAGUCUCCUGACGAACAAGCGCUGGUGUAUGCAGCAGCUGCGUAUGGCUUUGUGCUAAUUGAACGAACUUCUGGGCAUAUAGUCAUAGAUGUUCUUGGAGAUAGACAGAGGUUUGACAUAUUGGGUCUUCACGAGUUUGACAGCGAGAGAAAGAGAAUGUCAGUUAUCGUUGGCUUUCCUGAUAAAACAGUGAAGAUUUUUGUUAAAGGUGCUGACAGCUCAAUGUUUAGCAUCAUGGAAAAAACAUUGAAUGCAAACAUAAUUCGAACGACGGAAUCACACCUCAAAUCAUACUCAUCUGUGGGUCUGAGAACAUUGGUGAUUGGCAUGCGAGCGAUGAAUACGACGGAAUUUGAGGAAUGGCAUUCUUCCUACGAGAAAGCAAGCACAGCAUUGUUUGGCAGGGGAAGCUUACUCAAAGCAGUUGCAGCCAACAUAGAAAGCAAUCUCACCAUUUUAGGGGCCUCUGGAAUUGAAGAUAAGCUUCAGGACGGUGUACCUGAAGCCAUAGAAUCUUUGAGGCAGGCUGGGAUCAAGGUCUGGGUGUUGACAGGCGACAAGCAAGAGACGGCUAUUUCCAUUGGAUAUUCUUGUAAACUUCUGACUGGAGAUAUGAACCAGUUUAUAAUAAACAGCAAUUCAAAGGAGUCAUGUAAAAAGAGUUUAGAGGAAGCCCUCUCCACAGCCACCAAAGUUUCAACCAUGCCUCUAGCAGGAUUAGGUGGUGGAAGGACCCCUCUUGCUCUGAUUAUUGAUGGGAAAAGUCUCCUCUACAUUCUUGAGACAGAAUUAGAAGAUGAGCUUUUCAAAGUAGCGACAUUGUGCGACGUUGUUUUGUGCUGCCGAGUGGCUCCGUUGCAGAAGGCUGGGAUUGUUGCUCUAAUCAAGAAGAGAACAGAUGAUAUGACUCUUGCAAUUGGUGAUGGUGCGAACGAUGUCUCGAUGAUUCAGAUGGCUGAUGUUGGGAUAGGAAUCAGUGGGCAAGAGGGUCGACAGGCAGUGAUGGCCUCAGACUUCGCAAUGGGCCAGUUUAGAUUCUUAGUUCCCCUCUUAUUGGUUCAUGGCCACUGGAAUUACCAAAGAAUGGCAUAUAUGAUAUUGUACAAUUUCUACAGGAAUUCGAUUUUCGUAUUUGUACUUUUCUGGUAUAUACUGUACACAGCAUUUAGUUUAACAACUGCAAUUACAGAUUGGAGCAGUGUCUUGUAUUCAGUUAUUUAUACUGCUCUCCCCACUAUAGUAAUUGGAAUUCUGGACAAGGAUUUGAGCAGAAAAACGCUUCUGAAGCACCCACAACUCUACGGUUCAGGACAAAGAGAAGAACGAUACAACCUCAGGCUCUUUAUUCUUACCAUGAUGGAUUCUAUUUGGCAAAGCUUAGCCAUCUUCUUCAUCCCAUAUCUUUCUUAUCGCCACAGCACUGUGGAUGGAUCCAGCAUUGGUGAUCUCUGGACCCUUGCAGUGGUCAUCAUGGUGAAUAUUCACUUAGCCAUUGAUGUUUUUAGGUGGAAUUGGGUCGUACAUGCCGCCAUUUGGGGCUGCAUUGUUGCAACAUUUAUUUGUGUCAUUGUCAUUGAUGCGUUGCCUAUGCUCCCCGGAUUUUGGGCAAUCUUCCAUGUGAUGGCGACAUGGUUGUUCUGGUUUUGUUUAGCCGCCAUUCUCGUGGCCGGGAUGGUUCCGAGGUUUAUGAUGAAGGCUUUUUCCGAGUUCUUCUUUCCGAACGAUAUCCAGAUUGCGAGAGAGCAGGAGAAGUUUGGGAAUGUAAAUGAGAACCAGAACCGUGUUUCUGAAGUUGCUAUGAGCAGUUUCUCAGACACUCAACCGCAGUGGAUGCUAUAGGUUUUUGACUGUUUUUAAAUUUUUUCAAUUUCAUCCUUUUUGAUUUGGGGCAUUUGCAUACAUAC